GCGUCGUGUCGUGUCGUGGUGCCGAGCUGCCUCCUCUCCUCGUCUUGGCAAAAAAGUCUCUCUUUCUCCCACUUCCCCACUCCCGUAUCCACCUCCGCCUCCGCUAACCCUAGUUGCUCCCCGGAGGGACGGAGGCCACUCACCGGCGCAGCUCCCAUCUCCACCGCGCAGCAGCGCGGGAACGCCGGAGCACAUGUUUUAGAACAAGAAGUGGGCUUGUCAGGGGAAACAGCAUCAUGGAUCCCAGCAACAGUUCAGGUUCUAGAACAAGAAGUGGGCUUGUCAGGCGAAAUAACAUCAUUGCGGAUCCCAGUGAGGAAUCAUGUUCUAAAACCCGAAGUGGGCUUGUUAGGGUAAAGAAUAUCGUGGAUCCCAGUGAGGGUUCAUCUUCUAAAGCUCGACAUGAGCUUGUUAUGGUAAACAACAGCGUGGAUUCCAGCAAUGCUUCAUCUUCUAGAACACGAAGUGGGCUUGCUAGGGUAAAUAAUAUCGUGGAUUCCAGCGAGGGUUCACAAUCUAAAACAAGAAGUGGGCUUGUUAGACGAAACAUCGCUAUGGAUUCCAAUGGCGGUUCAUGUUCUAAAACACGAAGUGGGCUUGUUAGAGGAAACAUUGCUCUGGAUUUCAAUGAAGAUUCAUCUUCUAAAACACGAAGUGGGCUUGUUGGAGGAAAAACUGCUAUUGAUUCCAACGAGGAUUCAUGUUCUAGAACACGAAGUGGGCUUGUUAGAAUAAGCCCCUCCAUUAAGGUAGAAAACAAGGAUGAACCAGUCAUUAAGAGCCUGCCUGGUGAACGUUGUGAAGCAGACAGUCCAGGAAAACAUGGAUCAAAUCAGAGCAAUGAUCUGGUUCUUAUCAAGAAUGCCCCAGUCAUCAAGGGGCCAGAUGGAUGUUUGGGUGAAGUACCAGUAAAGGAUCAAUUAAAUUACAAGGCUGAUCAGGUUGAAAGCAAAGAUGAACCAGUCAUGAAGGGACCUGAUGGAUGGUGGAAAGAAGAAGUGCCCAGAAAGAAUGGAUCAAGGCACACUACUGAUCUGGUCCAAAUCAAGGAUGAGCUUGACAGUAUGGUUCAGUUGCCUGAUGGAUGGUUGAGAGAAGCCAGACCAAGAAAGAAUGGAACUACAAACAAGCUUGAUACGUACUACAUUGACCCAGCUAGUGGUUAUGAAUUUCGCUCCCUGAAGGAUGUGCAACGCUAUGUUGAAUCAGGAGACAUAAAUAAAUGCAGUUGUAGGCCAAAGAAGAGAACUAUCCAGGAUGUUUGUGUUACACAGAACCAAGCUCAUACAAGAGCAUCAUCAGAAUACACAAGACCGGGUACCGCUGACAAGGCCAUUCAGUGCGAAAUACUAACCUCAGAAGGGAUCAUGCUUCCUCGGGAAGAACUGUUCGGUACAUAUACUGGAAAUGCGAUGUUACCAGAGUUUGAAGGCAUUAAACCAAUACAAAAAUAUGCCAACAAGGUUGAUCCAUUGGAACACAAGAGUGCGCGGAUGGUCUCUGCGCAGCGUGCUCCAGGGGGGAAGAAAUCUGUUAAAAGGAAAGAACCAAGUGCAGAGGUGAAACCCAAGAAGCGUAAAAUCACUUCUAAAGAAAAGAUUGCAACACCUCCCCGAGCGUCAUCUCGGAUAGCUGCAUUGAAGGUUUAUCCUGAAGGAAACGCUGAGCGUGGAGAUGAACCAACUAGUGUAAAUCUUGUCAAUCAGGUACAGCCUAUUCAAGAGGAAACUACAUAUGACUCACAGUUCAACCAAGCAGACACUAUCAUUCAAGUACAGACCAAUCAGAAGAGCAUAGCCAAUCAGUUACAGUCGAGCCAAGCAGAUACUGUCAUUCCAAUGCAGAUCAAUGAUGAGGGCUCUGUCAAUCAAUUACAGUCUAGUCGAGCAGACGCGCUCACUAAAAUACAGACCAAGCAGGAGAACACUACCAUUCAUGUACAGUUCAGCCAAGCAGAUACUAUCAUUCCAACGCAGACCAAUCAUGAUGACACUGUCAACCAGUUGCAUUCGUGCCAGGCGGACACUGCCAUUCGAAUACAGACCAAUCGGGAGAGUACUGCCAAUCAGUUACAGGCGAGCCAAGCAGACACUGCUAAUCAAAUGCAUGCAAUGCAGGAAUACACUACCAGUUACUCACAGGUGAGCAAAGCAGACACUAUGAAUAGAAAAAAGACUAAUCAAGGAAAUACUGCCCGUCAGUUACAGUCGAGCAAUGAAAAGAUACUCAUUCCGGUACAGGCAGGACAGGAAUAUGUUAGCAAUCACUCGCGGUGGCAGCAAAGGCAUGGGCACACUGUGAAUCCAAUACAAGCUAAUCAGGAACAUGCCACCAAUCAGUUGAAGUCGAGCCAAGCAGAUUCUGGCAUGAAAAUACAGGCUACACAAUACUUCGCCAAUCACUCAGAGCCGAGGCAAGCAGGCACUGCUCUGAACCACAUGCAGAUUAACCAGGAAACCAUUCAAUUACAGUUGGGUCAAGCUGACACUAUGAAACAAAUGCAAACUAUGCAGCAGAAUAGUACCAACCAGCUGAUCCAAGCUUUAACUGUUGAUAAAAAACGGAGUACGCAUGAAUACUUCACCAAUCAUCCAAAGCGGAGCCAAAGUGAUAAUGUGAAUCAUAUGCAGAUUAGCCAAGGGAACUCUGCCUAUCAGAUAAAAGACGGAGUACGCAUGAAUACUUCACCAAUCAACCAAGGAAACUCUGCCUAUCAGAAGCAGAGCCAAAGAGUUAAUGUGAAUAAUAUGCAGAUUAGCCAAGGAAACUCUGCCUAUCAAUUACCAUCGGAUCGAGCUAACUCUCUGAAUCAGAUAGCUACGCAGGAAAAUACCACCAGUCGGUCACAGCUGAUCCAAGGUUUAACUGUCAACCAAAUACAGGCUAUUCGGGAAAACAAUACCAGAUACUUGCAGCCACGUUAUGCUGAGAAUCCUAUCCGGCAGUCUGAUUUCUCUCAGAAACCUGAGUGGGGACAUGGAGCACCUGUCACCAACUUUUGGGAAAAUGUUGAGAACCAGAAGUCGUCAAAUCCUGUGAAAAUAGAGGCGUCGCCUACUGCAACCUCCUCGGCAAAUUUUCAACGCCAAUAUGCGCCAGCCCAAGAACCCGUUUUGCCAACGCAGGCUGCAAUGCCCGAAGCUGCUGAUCCAUCUGGGUUUGGCUUGUCAUUAUUUGGAAGUUCCUGGUCAGACCCUUGCAUCGAGUUCGCGUUCAAGACCCUUACAGGUGACAUUCCUGUUCUGGAUGACAGUCCAGCUGUUCGGGACCACUUCCCUCUGCAACACGACUUGAAUAAAAUUGCACCGCCAGAUUAUUCUGCUCCCUCCGUGGAUGAUACUAGAAAUACACAAUUCGACCAUGCCGGCCACCACUCGGCGCAAAGGCCAUCAGAUAGGUUCUACAACGGUGGUUGGUUCCCUCCACAGUGACAGCCCUGGAAGGAAAAAGGGAAUAAACAUUUAGUACUUGCAAAAGGCUGGUAAUCAGAGGAAUGACCAAGGGACCAAGCUCGAAGCAGUAGUCUGCUAGUUUUCUGAUGAAGAACAAUAGUGUUUCUGUGACCUCUUUACAAUAUAUUUUGUAUGUAGAAAAGCCUGUAGCUUCCUCUUAACUUUAUUAGGCGCUAUGUACAUCCAAUCGGAUCAUAGGGAUCAGAAUGGCUUCGUGGAAACGAUGCCGUUGUAGAUGAUAUGGCUUGUGAUUUUGUUUUCUUUUGCGUUCUGUGCAGUUGCCUGGUUAAUUUCAUUUGUUGUAUCAUCAGGGCGACUAACUAUCACACCGUUGCAAGGACUUCAGUUUAACUAUUUUUUUCAA